AUGCUUCUGCUGCAAAAGAUCGGUUUAUGGAUACGUGAUAGAUUUACACUUUAUUAUGUUAUCGUCGCGAUAUUCCAGUUGUUUGGAGCUUUUGCGGUGGCUUUUGCUUCGCCUUUCCUUCUCAGACAGUUUCUUCUUCCUUCAUUGGUGAAAUAUACGGUACCACUGCAUUUCAAUUUCGAAACAUGCCGUGAACAACUUGCUGGUAUUUGCUCAUUUCCAACUGCUACGGUAGAUUUCUCGAUGGAAAAUCCGAAAUUAUCAUCAGGAGAAUAUUAUGAAAUGAGCAUUGAAAUUGUUCUAUCAGAAUCAACAGUCACCUCAAAUGUUGGCAUUUUCCAAGCUGUCGUUGAAUUGGUGGACCAACUAAAUAUGAAAAAGAUAUUUCGGAAGUCCUGUUUUGCGAAUAAACAUCAUGGUAUUAUAUAUCGUAUAGGCCGGGGUUGGUGGAAUUUGGCGUGCAAAACACUAUUAUUCCCUGCUUAUUUCUUUGGACUGGUGACUACGUUAGAUGAUCGUAAAUUAGAAGUCAUGUUCACGAAUCACUUAGUUGAUAGUGAUCUAGCAAAUAUUGCAGUACUUUAUGUACAACUUCAAAAUCGUUUUGUUGAGGUAGAAUCAGGGAAACUCUUGUUCAGGGUUCGCUUGUGUUCAUUACGUAUUUUUCUUCACGAUUAUCCAAUAGUUUCUUCUUUGCUGAUCAUCAUCUUUACGUAUUUUACCUGCCUGACAGGAAUUACUCUUUAUUGGAUGCUGCAGGUCUUUUUUGGUUCUUCCGGCCUUUCUAACUUAAGCUGCACUACAACGACAGACGAGACGAAGAGAUCGUCUGCUGCGCUGGAAGUCUAUGCUGAAACAGCAGCAACUGAGGGUCACUUUCAACUAGAAAAGUCAGAAGUAGAAGGGGAUGCGACAUUCCUCAUUUGGAAUGAUUUAAGAAAGGAUUCAAAUAAAGCUUCAGAAAGUUCCCUGCAUCGACGCCAACAAAAAGAACGAACGAAGGAGUGA